GGCGGCAGGAAGUCCCUGGGCCCCGGCCCGGCCCGGCCACCGCCAGUUCCUCUCCGCGCGCGGCGCCUGCAGCUCCGGCCCUGGCGCGCCGGGGGACCCCGCGCCCCGCCUCGCCCCGCGGCCGCCCCGUCUGGAAAUAUGGGAUGUAUAAAAUCAAAAAGGAAAGACCAUGUGAAUGACGAUGGAAUAGAUUUGAAGACUCAACCAGUACGUAAUACUGACCGAACUAUUUAUGUGAGAGAUCCAACGUCCAAUAAGCAGCAAAGGCCAGUUCCAGACUCUCAGCUUUUACCAGGACAGAGGUUUCAGACUAAAGAUCCAGAGGAACAAGGAGACAUUGUGGUGGCCUUGUACCCCUACGAUGGCAUCCACCCAGAUGACUUGUCUUUCAAGAAGGGAGAGAAGAUGAAAGUGUUGGAGGAGCAUGGAGAAUGGUGGAAAGCGAAAUCCCUCUCGACCAAGAGAGAAGGGUUCAUCCCCAGCAAUUACGUAGCCAAAGUCAACACCUUGGAAACGGAAGAGUGGUUUUUCAAGGAUAUCACCAGGAAAGAUGCAGAAAGGCAACUUCUGGCUCCAGGAAACAGCCCGGGAGCUUUUCUCAUCAGGGAAAGUGAGACUCUGAAAGGAAGUUUCUCUCUGUCUGUCAGAGAUUAUGACCCUAUGCACGGUGAUGUUAUCAAGCACUACAAAAUCAGAAGCCUGGACAAUGGGGGUUAUUACAUCUCUCCACGAAUCACUUUUCCUUGUAUCAGUGACAUGAUCAAGCAUUACCAAAAGCAGUCAGACGGCCUGUGCAGGAGGCUGGAGAAGGCGUGUAUCAGCCCCAAGCCCCAGAAGCCGUGGGACAAGGACGCCUGGGAGAUCGCUCGGGAGUCCAUCAAGCUGGUGAAGAGGCUCGGUGCCGGCCAGUUCGGAGAAGUCUGGAUGGGCUUCUACAACAACAGCACCAAAGUGGCGGUGAAGACCCUGAAGCCGGGCACCAUGUCCGUGCAGGCCUUCCUGGAGGAAGCAAAUCUCAUGAAGACGCUUCAGCACGACAAGCUGGUGAGACUGUAUGCUGUGGUCACCAAGGAGGAGCCCAUCUACAUCAUCACGGAGUACAUGGCCAAAGGGAGCUUGCUGGACUUCCUGAAGAGUCCCGAAGGGGCCAAAGUGCUGCUUCCCAAGCUCAUUGACUUUUCUGCUCAGAUCGCCGAGGGAAUGGCCUACAUCGAGCGGAAGAACUACAUCCACCGAGACCUGCGCGCAGCCAACGUCCUGGUUUCCGACUCGCUGAUAUGUAAGAUCGCUGACUUCGGCCUGGCUCGGGUGAUCGAGGACAACGAGUACACAGCCAGAGAAGGUGCUAAAUUCCCCAUCAAGUGGACAGCUCCAGAAGCCAUCAACUUCGGCUGUUUCACCAUUAAGUCCGACGUGUGGUCCUUUGGCAUUCUCCUCUACGAAAUCGUCACCUACGGGAAAAUUCCCUACCCAGGGAGGACCAACGCGGACGUGAUGACCGCCCUGUCGCAGGGCUACCGCAUGCCGCGCAUGGACAACUGCCCCGACGAGCUGUACGACAUCAUGAAGAUGUGCUGGAAGGAGAAGGCGGAGGAGCGGCCCACCUUCGACUACCUGCAGAGCGUCCUCGACGACUUCUACACGGCCACCGAGGGCCAAUACCAGCAACAGCCCUAGAGCCCUAGGUGGUCCCCGCUCAGGGGCCGGCCCUGCCUCCCGGGAACUCGGUCCCUGCCCUGCCCGCCGGCGCCCGCCUGCCUCGCUGUGCCGACAGUCAGACCCCACCUUCGUAGGCGAGAACCUCUGCCCCAUGCCCUUGGCUGGCUCGUGUUUACAACCGGGGUGCGAGCCCAGGUCCUGCGGUCAGCCCGCCCAGGGCCCAGCAGCCACGGAAGGACACUCGUUUCUUAAGCAGAUGCCCUCAAGGACAUUUCUCUGAUUUUUCUCUGUGCUUUGGCUGAUCCGUUUAGAAAGUUACUAACCUGACCUGUUAGCGCUUGCAGGUGAAACAGAUGCUUAAAUAAAACAAAGUCAACCCCAUAAAGUGUUUUCUGGAUCCUGGCGAUUGAUCCAGAAUCAGAGACCGCCAGCUUCUUCCUUCCGUGGACACAGCUCGGGCC